GAAGAUAGACCAGUGUGGCCGGUUUGUGCCACUGUACACAUCCCAUCAUGCAAUGCUAACAGACAGAAACAAGAGAGAGAGAUGGAUAAGGAGCUGAUGUCAUUACACAACAGAGCGCUGCCUUUAUAAUGAAGACUUGUCACCAACACUAUAGUCGAACAAAGCGUCAAGGUUUCAGUCAGUUGUUGACUAUCUGUGGCUGUGGAAGACUGAUACGUGCGCUGCAGCACCGAGACUGAUUGUGUCACAUUUCAACAUUGUUGUGCUUCGCUGGAUUGCAGCUGAGCAUUGGGAGCUCAUCACUGAAGCCCUGCUGGGGAACGAAAACACUCCCAUGGAUAGAACAGCAUAAAAAUGGAUACUGCCGGAGAACCAACCAUUAAUGCACAAUGGUUUGCAUGAAUCUAACGUAGGCAACUGCUGCUGUCCAAUCCCUUGGAAUCACAUAAAUAAAUCCAGUGCAGUCAUCGAUUCUCUUUUUAAAGAUUUGGCUCUUGACAGGUGCUCAUUAACUUUGUUUAUGCUCUUGACAAUGGAUGUGUCUCUGCUCUCCGCUCCAGUGACUGAGUACACCAAUCAGAGUGCUUUGGCGUGCCUCAAUGUUGCAUCUGGCAAAUCUCCGUCUAGCAGUCUCACUCGCAGGUCAGGUGUUAGGCGAGGCCAAGCUGAGGAAGUUGAAAAGCGACGGAAACAAACUGGAUUAGUUGGAUCGGGCAAGGGAGGCAGAUUGAUUGAUGGCCAGGAUCUUUGGACAGGAUUGAACUCUGAUUUUCAAAGGACUACGAGUGGCAGAGGAUGGAAUGAAGAAAAGGAGCUAUCAGGAGACUCGGUGUCUUCCAGUCUGACUCACAAUAACAAAAUAGACAAGAAAACCACAGACUUUGGCAUCAAUAGAAGUAGUAACUAUAACCUUGCAUCUAAGAGGCAAACUGGAGCAGAGUGGAGGAGGAGCAACCUGCCAAGUAGGAGCAGGAGUGUUGACUGGAGGUUAGGAGCAAGAAGUCCUGACCGAGGAAUGCGACGAUCCGAUAUAUCAGCAUGGUCAACUGAAGAAAACAAACGAGGAGAGAGGGAUACUUCAGGCCUGAGAGGCAGAUCUAUGUCUUCAUUCAGGACUUCUGCAAUGGUUUCUCCAGGCAGCAGUAGCCCAAAAAGUCCUUUGGACCAAACCUUGGAAGCCAUGGAUGGGGGCAACUCUUUCCCUUUAAGGCUAAAGUCUGCCUCUGAUGCUACCUGGGACCGAAGAGAGACAGGUUCUUUUGGGACUCAAAGAGGCCAGAGUAUAUUGGAACGGAUAGAGAAGCUCUAUGGGUCAUCCAAAAGUGAGGGUUUUAGCAAAGUUAGGGCUUUCUGCGAUGGAAAGGGUGUCUUAAACAUUUUGCCAAAUUCUUGUGAAGAGGCAACAGGAGGAACCUUUCCUAGGCGUGGCUCUGCUGGUGAGAAAAGCUACUACAGUCCAGUGGACACAAAUGGAUCAUUCACCAGGACACUGCUAGACAACAAUGCUCCAUGUUUUAACAGUUCACCCGUCCCAAGAACCAGGGCGAGAUUACCAGAGGGACAAUGGCAAGAACAAAUCUAUGGGAGAUAUUCGGACAUAGGUGGAGUUAGCGGGGAUAAAGAGUCCAUGGAGACAAUGUCUCUGGACAGAGAAAGGAGCAGAAACACCAUAGCUGGUCAGAUUAGAAUGGCUCGGACUUCUCAGUCAAACACUUUAUUAGAGCAGACAUCUGCAAGCAGAGGGGGAAGUGGGAGCAUAGAUCUUGGAAGGGUAAAUUGGGAAAGGGAAAAGAAUGAAACUACCAGAAUAAGUAUGACACAGAGAAAAUUUACGCCAGAGAAGGGAAAGGUGACAGAGGUUGAAUUCAGGGGGAAUUAUGAAGAUGUGUUUGAGUCACAUCUACAGAACUCCAGAGCCAAUACUGCAGGGUCUAGGGUAUACCCGGAGACACAGUCCCCUUCAAUAAGUGUGAGAAACAAGAUUAAUCAAUUUGAGGCUUUGACACUGAGAUCUCAGGGUUUUACAAAGGGCAACGUUGCCAUGCCCAGACGGGCCUUUUCUGUGCCAACACGACUCAACAGUGCCCACGACAGCUUGAAGAGUGAGUCAACAACUGGUAGCCAAGGUGACAAGUAUAUAGGUCUGCGUGAGAUAGGGGAGAAGAGUAGGAAAGCAAAGGAGAAAGUUGGUGAACGUCAAAUAAAAAGUCACUCGCAAAGGUCUUUGUCAGUGGACGAGAUUGGACAAAAGAUAGGAGAUGAUUUGGCAAAGAAGGAAGGGACAACUACAGAUCGUGUUAACAAAUACACAGUUACAAAUUUUAGUGAAUAUUCCAGGUUGAACCAUACACGAAAAUCACCCUUAAAAGAAGAUAAUCUACAUUACACAAACAUCUACAUAGACGAACCUGACCAUGGUAACGUCUCAAGCAACCAAGACUGGAGAACCCCCAAUGUAGAGUUACCAAGUGACCGUGAUCCCCCCACAUAUGUUGAGCUCUCAGGUACAAAAGUAAAACCUGGUGUGAUCAUUUUAUCAGUUACUGAUGAGGACAAGACUCCGACAAACACCCCAAACCACUCGCCUUUAUGCUCUCCGGUCUCAGUACCAAAACAUACCUCUCCACUUUUACCGACUGAAAAAGAAAGCCGACAGCACCCUUCAACCCCCAUGCGUCCCCUUGCCUCCUCCUCUCACAGCAACCUUGCAGAUCUCAUGUUUCCAGACGUCAUCGACGGUGACGCAAAAGGGAAUAAACAGAUGCUGGACUUGGAUGCUUGGGUGGCCGGCUGGAAGGCCUGGAGUGGCGAUAACGACGAUGGUGAGGAUGACGACGCAAGCACACAGAAAGAUGGCGAUUCAAACUACGAUUCAGACUCUGGAGAGUCCUCGGUGACCAUCACCAGCAACAUUAGCGUGUCAGAUCGCAGGAGCUUCUCAGUCAGUCUCGCGGAAUUGUGUUACUUCACUGGAACUGACUACGAAUCAGAGACCGACGAUGAGUGGUCAGUAGCAAUGGGCAAUAGAUCGGCCUCACUGAGCUCUGACAUGUCGGCUCUGUCAUGUGUGUCUGUGCUGCCCACUGAGGAGCUCGACAAGCUACUGGAGGAUGUCAGGGGCCUGCGGGACAGUGACCUGCAGGAUAACGUUCAUGUGGUGGUUCUCCACAAGGAGAUGGCUGUCGGGCUGGGAUUCAGUAUAGCAGGAGGCAUCGACCAGAACAAGCCGAUCAUUGUCCACAAGGUGUUCCCCAGUGGUGUGGCCGCACAGGAAGGCUCCAUCUGGGAAGGGGACCAGGUCUUGUCCAUCAACGGCACAGCCCUUGAACGCCACACUCACUGGGAGGCUCUGAGGGUCCUGAGACGGGCCAAGACUCGCGAGAUGGGAGUGGUUGUCCUGAGGAGGGGGGGUGUUAGGAGCAUCUUGAAGGGGGCAGACAGUCCGACUGAGCAAGUAGCGCCAACACAGACCUCUGAGACAGAUCAGCCAAUGAAAGUGCGUCUGGAGAAGAAAAGCAGGGAUCUGGGCUUCAGUUUGGAGGGAGGUGUCGGUCUGGGAGACAAACCACUCACCAUAAAGAAGAUCUUCCAAGGGGGUCCAGUGGACAAAAUAUGUCCCGGUGAUGAGGUGAUGGAGAUCGAAGGUGUGAGCAUGGUGGGAAUGAGGCGCCUGGAGGCCUGGACUUUGAUCCGGCGGCUUCCAUCUGGACCUGUCGAUGUAAUAAUACGUCGGCCGCGUAAAGCUCCAGAACUGUAGGGAUUGUGGAAGCAAUCUGACCUGGACUGUUCUGAAAAUGUGCCACUUAGGCAAUGAUGAUACAGUAUGAAUUUUUAACAAAGCCAUUUACAUGGAAAGCAUAAACUUUAUUUUAUGGAGUUGUGAAUUUUACUUAAAAUAUUUGGAGGUGACAAGAUGCAGCUACCUCAAAGCCAUAUGUGAACAAAGACUAACAUUCUGUAAUAUACUGUGAAUAUUGUAUAUGCUUACAGCAUUUAAAAGUUUAUAUUGCUUUUUAAUAAAGUUAAACUUUAAUGGGUGCUUUUUAGUCGGACUUCCUGCAGAUGGCGGUAGAGUGCUGUCUAUUUUUGGAGCUCACUGAGCGGAUAAUAAUAUAUACAGAUAUGUAUACAGUCAUCCAUCCGUUUUCUAUGCCGCUUAUCCUUAGGGUUGCGGGUAUGCUGGAGCCUAUGCCAGCUGACUUUGGGCGAGAGGCGGGGUACACCCUGGACUGGUCACCAGCCAAUGGCAGAGCACAUAUAGACAAACAAGCAUUCACACUCACAUUCAUACCAAUUUUUAGAGUCUCCAAACCUAACAUGCAUGUUUUUGGAAUGUGGGAGGAAACCGGAGUACCCGGAGAAAACCCACACGUGAACGGGGAACAUGCAAACACACAGAGAUGUCCAUCGGCGAUUCAAACCAAGAUCUUUCAGAUCUCCUGACUGUGCUGCCAGAAUGCUAACUACUAGGCCACCAUGCGGCACAUUUACAUACGCUGUGUAAAAUUUUCAGUGUUACCAAAAUAAUUUCUGUUUUCUGCAUUUACGAUCAACAGAAUUUUUUUUAUUUUUUUUUUAUUACUUCAAAGUUUACAUACACAGAGUUGACUGUCUUUAAACAUCGUGGGAAAGCCCACAUGAUAAUCAUAUGGUUUUGGAAACUUCCAAUAGGCUAACUCACAACUGUGAGUUAAUUGGAGGCACAUCUGUGCAUGUAUUUUAAGGCCACACCUCAAACACACUGCUUCCUUGUUUGUUAUUGUGGGAAAAUCAAAAGCAAUCAGCCAAGAUAUCAGGAAGAGAAUAGUGGCGCUCCACAAGCCUGGUUCAUCAUUUUGUGCAAUUUGUGAAGUAUGAAGUAUUUGUCACAUGAGUGCAAUGAAAAUGCUUUUUAGCUUGGAAAAGUAAACAAUCCCAUACUGUAGGGUAAUAACUACUGUAUAAAAGCAAACUCCACUCCCUAAAUGAUUGUCUUAUGGAGUAGUUAUGGUGAUAAGAACUUAGAAUACGAUUUUACCACAUUAUUACAUCUUACCAUUUCACUUUGUGUUUUAAACCAGCAAGAGAGCAUUUGGAAUAUAGUGAGAAAAAAUAUAGAAUUCAAGAAAGAACUCAAUGCAGGCAAUACAGGAAGAUGGUGUCCGUUUGGUGUCUCACUGCCACAUCAUGUCUUUGGGAACAGUAGUCUUCAAUGAAGGUAAAAGUAACCUUAAAUAUUAAUUUCAUAAUUUAUAUGCAUUUAGAAUUGUUUUAUUUAUUUAAAACUAUAAUUGUAAAACUGAAUGUGCUUUGUGUUAACAUUUGUGAGAGUCAACCGCUGAUGACAUCAUAGACAGGUGACAUAAUUUCCAGUUCUGGUUGCCAUUUUCUGUGCUAGCUAACAAGGAAGGGUGUUUUCUCAUAAAAAAUAUACAUUAAGAAUACAAAUGGACUCAUGCAUUGUAUUAAUAACAUGACAAGACAAGCCAUACUGAUAAUGUACGCAAACCGAGG